GUCAUUCACUCACACACAGAGAGAGAGAGAGAGAGAGAGGCACACAUGAGGACCAAAAGACCUGCCAAACCCAGUAUGAGGAACUCAACCAUUCUCAGCCGGACAGCAGAAUCACCCUGUACUGCGGACUAACAAUAACCUCAACACCCAACACUUUUCACCUCACCUGCACCAGCAAACUUUUUUUCCCUCGGACAGUCAGCCGGAGAAGAUGGAGGCGGAGGAGAGUAAAAUUUCAGUGUGGGUUUGCCGGGAAGAGAAGCUCGUGUCCGGCUUGUCGAAGCGCACGACCUGCGCGGAUGUGAUCCGGGUGUUGCUGGAGGAGCAGAACCAGGAGCAGCGGGUGUCUCUUCCCGGCUCCCCUCAGUCCUACUGCAUUGUGGAGAAAUGGAGAGGAUUCGAGCGCAUUUUACCCAACAAAACUAAAAUCCUGCGGCUGUGGAGCGCCUGGGGAGAGGAGCAGGAAAACGUCCGGUUUGUGUUGCUGAAGAACGAAGCGUCUUUAUCGAGCAGCGGGCCAAGGAGCGCUGAAGCCCGCGUCGUCCUCAGUAAAGAGAGCCCGUGUGUUUAUAAGGGCACCGCAAGAGUCACCAUGGCUCUCUCGCACGAGAAACAAAGACGAAUAGUUAGAAAAGCCUUCAGAAAAUUGGAUAAAAUCAACAAAAAGAGAGCGCAGGCUGCAUCAAAAGACGCUUCGUGCAUGGAGAAGAUGGAGACGCUAGUGCACCUGGUCAUUUCUCAAGACCACACCAUCCGCCAGCAGGUCCAGAGGAUAAAAGAGCUGGACAGGGAGAUUGACAAAUAUGAAGCUAAAGUUCACUUCGACCGAAUGAAGAUGCACGGAAUCAACUAUGUUCAAGACACGUAUCUAGUGGACGCCAAUAAUGAAAACUCUGACAAAACGAGUCCAGAAGAAGCUCUGGCGCAGUUUGAGGAGUACGCUCAGAGAUGCGAGGAGGUCAUCAAACUGCAGGAGGAACUGGCGGAGAACGAAGCUUUAAUGGAGAGCAUCACCACCGAGAUCCAAGAGGAGCUCAAUCAGAGGUGGAUGAAAAGACGACACCAGGAACUUGCGAAUAAAGACUCUGAAAACACAUCUGACGAGGCGUCCCUCAGAGUCACAACUCUGGAAACUCAAGCAUCUGCAGAUCCAUCACCUGAUAAUGAGGUGAUUUUAGAGGAAGAGAGGAUCAGAACGCAACUGGACACCAGUUUGUACAUCGGCCUUCGUCUUAACACUGAUUUAGAGGCCAUCAGGAAUGAUUUAAACUUGACUGAGGAGAUAUGGGGGGCUAAAGAGAAGGAGCUGAUGGAUUUAAUGGAGAAAGUGAACUCUUUGGAUUUGGAGGAGGACGCUGAGGGAGACGCUGAGCUGAAAGAGGAGAAUACUGUAGAAACUGACAGAUUGGUGCCACUUAAGGGGGACAAUGUUUGGGUGGAGCAGGCCAGAGGGCUUUCCAAAACAUGUGACAUGAAUGAUGAUGACUCCGAUACGGGACUCAGUUCAAUGCAUAGCCAAGACUCAGAUAUCACACCCAUCUGCGAAUCUUUAGUGUGAAAGCAUUUAUUAUACGCUGACGCUGGACACAGUAUGUUAAUAUAACACAUCAUCACAUUUUUGCGACAAAUAAAGUGAAUGCAGUCAGGAAUGCGGGAGGUGUUUUGAAAGGUACUUUACUGCUAUUUAAUGUUACGUUACAUUUAGAUUACAUUAAGAACACAACUAUGCACUUAUUGAGCAGUCUUUUUUUCAUGUUGGUGUCUUUGAGAGUCUAUGAAACUUAUUUCCACCGUGGAAUAAACAAAUAAAAGGUAA